CUCCUCCUCCUCGCCGCCCGCCCCCACACCUCACCCCCGACUCCCCCUCGCUCGCCCCACUUCCCCCCUCCUCAACUCCCCCCUCAACUGCUUUCCCCUCCCCCUCCUAUGGACGCUCUUCUGAGGUGUUUCUAGGGCGGCCCCCUUCUCCCCCUCCCCCCCUUUGCAACUCCCCCCCCCCGCGAGAUAUCUGUCUGUUUAUGUCCCAAUAGGAGCAGCAUUGCCCCCUAAGUCUCUUAUGCGUGUGGGUCCCCGCCGCCGCCGCUUCUUCCCUCCCUCCGAGCCCGGCGGCCCCGCUCGCCCCUUUCCGCUGCCGCCCUCCCUCCCAUCGAUCAAGCCGCCGCCGCGAUCAGAAAUUGAUCCUCUUUGUUCAAUUCAUCGAUCCCAACAAGAUGGCGUCGCCGCCUCCUCCUCCUCCUCUGAGGUGGCUUGUCCCGGGAUGGAGGGAGCCGCUUCGCCACGAGACGUCCCCCGCCAAAAAACCGCCCGCCCGCCCGCCAGGCACGCCGGCCAAGCCCCCUCCCCAAAACAGAGCCCCCUCCCCAUGCCCUCCUUUUUUAGGAUCCCCUCGCACCCCCCUCCCAGUUUCCUCCCCCCCUUCAGUUUCAUAAACAGAGUGAUGAUAAUGUUAAUAAUUGCGGGAGGGGGUUGUGGGCUGAUUCUUAGUUGUUGUUUUGUUACACCCUCCUGCCUCUUAACACUUGUGUGUGUGUUUUUGGGGGGGGGGUAUUCAGCGCUAGCCUUCUUCAGAGUAGAACCCCCUUGAAGUGAAUGGGUUAUGACUGUGUCUACUCUGAGUAGGAUCCCUUUGUGUUUUUAAUUAAAAAAAAUAAAACCCAUCUCCCCCCACACUUAACACCAGCAAGUCUCUCUUGGAGCAGUCUCCCAGUUUUUAGAGUAACGAGGUAUUGAUCACUGUGUGUUUGUGCUCCCUUCCUGACUCUUUUUUUGCAACCCCCCCUUAAAAAUAAAAAUCCACAUCCUAACACUUCUUUAAAAAAAAAAAAAAAGGCUCACAAAACCAAACAGCCCCUUUCCGCCACCCAGAAGUCUCUCUUGGACAAGUCUUCCAGUUUUGGAGGAGUCAGGAAUAAUUAUAACAACUCGGGGGUGUAUGUGCGUGCCCUUCUCGAGUCUUUUAUUAUUUUGCGCGCCCCCCCCAGCCGUUGUCCUCUAGCGACACUUUUUAACAGCACCCCCAUUAGUCUCUUUGAGCAGUCUCCUAAUUUUAGAAAGUAAGGAGGGGAAAUUGUCAUAACUGGUGCAUGUGCACCAGUCUUCCUCCUCUUUGACUGUUUUUGCAAUCUGCCCCCCCCCCCGUAAACUCCCCCCUCUAACGACACUCUCCCUCGGCCCCUCCACUAAUCUCUCUGAAUGGUGUCUCAAUUUUAGAAAGAAAGAGUAAAAGGGGGAAUGUUAGCAAAUUAGAUUUGUGUGUUUGUGGGUCUCUUGUUUUCUUUUUACCACCUCUAUCUUUCCAACCCCCCAUGUGCUUCCUCUACCCCUUUAACCGUUUUAUACAGAGACUAAAGAAAGGAGAAGAAAUAUGUAUGCUUGGGCAUGUGGAUCUCUGCUGUUUUAUCUUUUUUUUUACAAUCUUGCUUUCCCUAUCCCCCCAAACCCUACCCACAUUCUGUAAUAUGCCCCUUCUAACAGCCCCCCCAGUUUUAUACAGAGGGGCUGAGAAAUGCAAGAAAAAUGGAGAAAUAGCUGGAUAGUGUGUAUGUGUGUCCAGAGUUCUUCCUCUCUUUUUGUGAACCUCCAAACCCUGCAGCAGCACCAGUAAACCCCCUUCUUUUUUGGAGAACCCCCCAUUCUGUAAAGGAGGGAUGUAAAAAUAACCCCCAAAUGGGGAGUGUCUCCUGUGUUUCUCUCUCCUCUUUCCAUCCCCCCAUUCCUCCCCUCUUUUUUCCCUCCCCCAACAACCCCCUCACUUCUUAACAGUCACCCAUUUUAAUGCAAGGAGUGAGAAUGUUGCAGGAAAAGACCGUGCAUAGGGAGCUUGAUGCCACGGCGACAGUGUUGGCUAACCGACAAGAUGAAAGUGAACAAUCAAGAAAGAAGCUUAUUGAACAAAGCCGCGAGUUCAAGAAAAACACUCCAGAGGACCUGCGCAAACAGGUAGCUCCACUACUGAAAAGUUUCCAGGGCGAGAUUGAUGCUUUGGGCAAAAGAAGCAAAGAAGCGGAGGCAGCGUUCCUGAAUGUCUACAAGAGAUUAAUUGAUGUUCCAGAUCCUGUACCAGCUCUGGAUCUGGGGCAGCAGCUCCAGCUGAAAGUCCAGCGCAUGCACGAUAUUGAAACUGAGAACCAGAAACUUAGAGAAACGCUUGAGGAGUACAACAAAGAGUUUGCCGAAGUGAAAAAUCAAGAGGUGACAAUAAAAGCACUUAAAGAGAAAAUCCGGGAAUAUGAGCAGACCCUGAAGAACCAAGCAGAGAACAUCGCUCUUGAGAAGGAACAAAAGUUGCAAAAUGACUUUGCUGAGAAAGAAAGAAUGUUGCAAGAAACACAGGUGUCGACGGCAUCAAAGCUGGAGGAGGCUGAACACAAAGUGCAAGGGUUACAAACAGCCUUGGAAAAGACACGGACGGAAUUAUUUGACAUGAAGACAAAAUAUGAUGAGGAAACAACAGCAAAGUCUGAUGAAAUUGAGAUGAUCAUGACGGACCUUGAAAGAGCAAAUCAGAGGGCAGAGGCAGCUCAAAGAGAAGCCGAAUCCUUGAGGGAGCAACUCUCCUCCGCUAACAAAUCUCUCCAGCUGGCUACCCAGAUCCAGAAAGCACCCGACGUGGAGCAGGCCAUCGAGGUGCUGACCAGAUCCAGCUUGGAAGUAGAACUGGCUGCAAAAGAGCGCGAAAUAGCUCAGCUGGUGGAAGAUGUGCAGAGACUCCAAGGCAGCCUCACCAAGCUCCGGGAAAAUUCCACCAGCCAGAUCUCCCAGCUUGAGCAGCAGCUGACCGCCAAGAACAGCACCCUCAAACAACUGGAAGAAAAACUGAAGGUGCAAGCCGACUAUGAUGAGGUUAAGAAAGAAUUAAACAUCUUGAAAUCCAUGGAGUUUGCACCAUCUGAUGGCUCCAGCAUGCAGGAUGCUGCUUCCAAACCGCUGGAGGUCUUGCUGCUGGAGAAGAACCGUCUGCUGCAGUCAGAGAACGCCACGCUCCGGAUCACAAACAGUGACCUCAGUGGGUCAGCCAGGAGAAAAGGGAAAGACCAGCCUGAGAGUCAGCGUCAUGCAACUUUGCCGGCCUCCUCCCCUCCUCCUCCUCCUCAGUUGCCCCGCAAUGCAGGGGAGCAGGCUUCCAAUACUAAUGGUACACACCAGUUCUCACCAACGGGUUUAAGUCAAGACUUUUUCAGCUCGUCCUUGGCAAGCUCCGGCUUACCCCUGGCUUCUACGGGAAAAUUUGCACUAAACUCUCUCCUCCAGCGCCAGCUUAUGCAGUCCUUCUACUCCAAGGCAAUGCAGGAUGCGGGAAGCACAACCAUGAUUUUUUCAGCAGGUCCCUACAGCACAAACUCCAUCUCUUCCCAAAGCCCCUUGCAACAAAGCCCGGAUGUCAACGGCAUGGCCCCAUCCCCCAGCCAGUCAGAAAGCACUGGCAGCGCCUCGGAAGGCGAGGAGAUUGACACGGCCGAAAUUGCACGUCAGGUCAAAGAGCAGUUGAUCAAGCACAACAUCGGGCAGCGGAUCUUCGGACACUAUGUCUUGGGACUCUCGCAAGGGUCCGUAAGCGAGAUACUGGCUCGGCCCAAGCCGUGGAACAAGCUCACUGUGAGAGGCAAGGAGCCGUUCCAUAAGAUGAAGCAGUUCCUGUCCGACGAGCAGAAUAUCUUGGCGCUGCGCAGCAUCCAGGGCAGGCAAAGAGAGAAUCCAGGCCAGAACCUGAACAGGCUAUUUCAGGAAGUUCCGAAACGAAGAAGUGGGUCGGAAGGUAACAUCACCACAAGAAUCCGAGCCACAGAGGCAGGCUCUGAUGAAGCUAUCAAAUCCAUCCUAGAGCAAGCAAAAAGGGAGCUGCAGGUCCAGAAAACAGCUGAGCCGGCUCAGCCACCUUCCACCUCCAGCAGCGGUGGGUCCGACGAAGCCAUUCGCUCCAUUCUGCAGCAAGCCCGGCGAGAGAUGGAAGCUCAGCAGGCCGCCCUCGAACCUGCCUUAAAAGCAACCCCUCUGUCCCAAGCUGAAAUCUCCAUCUUGUCCCCAAAACUGAUCCCCGCGCCGUCCAUUGCUUCUGUCUCCAGCUAUUCUCCCCUGGCCAUGUCCUUAAAGAAGCACUCGUCGUCUGUGGAUUCCAGCAUCUCCUCCCUGCAGGCUCUGUCUGGUCUCAAGAAGGAGUCCCCAGAGGCCCCUGUGGUAGACCUCCAUGGGAUAUCGGAUUCAACGCAAGGCGUGCUGAGGCAUGUUAAAAACGAACUGGGGCGCAGUGGGGUGUGGAAGGACCACUGGUGGAACACUGUGCAGCCGCCCGACAGAAGGAAUGCUGCCCCUCCAGAAGACCCCAAAGUGGAGGAAACCAGCGGCGGGAAGGAGAAGGCCAGCAGCCAGUCCCGGUCGGACCCCCGGAGCCAGCCGCUCCAAGGGCCUUCCUCUUCGGACUAUUGGAAAGAGUGGCCCAAGGCAGAGUCACCUUAUUCCCAGAGCUCUGAACUGAGUGUGACGGGGGCGAGUCGUAGUGAGACACCGCAAAACAGCCCUCUUCCGUCCUCCCCCAUCGUCCCUUUGUCAAAGCCAUCGAAGCCUUCCGUUCCUCCCUUGACCCCCGAGCAGUAUGAGAUUUACAUGUACCAGGAAGUGGAUACGAUAGAUCUAACCCGUCAGGUCAAAGAGAAGCUAGCAAAGAACGGGAUCUGCCAAAGGAUAUUUGGGGAAAAGGUGUUGGGUCUCUCCCAGGGGAGCGUCAGCGACAUGCUGUCCCGGCCCAAGCCAUGGAGCAAGCUGACGCAGAAGGGCCGGGAACCGUUCAUCCGGAUGCAGCUGUGGCUAAACGGUGAACUGGGGCAGGGAGUCUUGCCAUCCCAAGGGCAGCCCCAAGGCCAAGUCCUUCACUCUGUGUCAUCACUGCAAGAUUCCCUUCAGCAGGGAUGCGCAAGCUCAGAAAGCACCCCAAAGACAUCUGCCAGUUGCAGCCCUGCUCCCGAGUCCCCUAUGAGUUCCAGCGAAUCUGUGAAGAGCCUGACGGAACUGGUCCAGCAGCCCUGUCCAGCCAUAGAGACAAGUAAGGAGGGCAAGCUGCAGGAGUCGAGUGAGCCGUCUGCUUCAGAGUCCCAGUCUACAACACCAUUGCCCCUCUCUGGCCAUUCAUCGCUUAGCAUUCAAGAAUUGGUUGCGAUGUCACCAGAACUGGAUACCUAUGGCAUCACAAAGCGGGUCAAAGAAGUGCUCACAGACAACAACCUGGCGUGGCUGACAAGCCUAAAACGCAGCAGAAGAGGCAAGAAAUGUACCCCAAACCUUGCAUUAGGCCAGCGUCUGUUUGGGGAGACAAUCCUGGGACUAACGCAAGGUUCCGUCUCGGACCUCUUGGCUCGUCCCAAGCCCUGGCACAAGCUGAGCUUGAAGGGCCGGGAGCCGUUCGUCCGCAUGCAGCUGUGGCUCAAUGAUCCCAACAACGUGGAGAAGCUGAUGGACAUGAAACGCAUGGAGAAAAAAGCAUACAUGAAACGAAGGCACAGCUCAGUGAGUGACAGCCAACCUUCAGAGUCUUCUUCAGCUGGAAUAGAUUACAGUCAGGGGGCCAGUCCGCAACCACAGCAUCAGCUAAAGAAACCGCGCGUCGUAUUGGCCCCCGAAGAGAAGGAAGCUCUGAAGCGAGCUUAUCAGCAAAAGCCAUACCCAUCACCAAAAACUAUCGAGGAACUCGCCACACAGCUCAACUUGAAGACCAGCACCGUCAUUAAUUGGUUCCACAAUUAUAGAUCUCGCAUUCGACGAGAGCUAUUUAUCGAAGAAAUCCAAGCAGGAGGCCAGAGCCAAGCUGGGUCAAGCGACUCUCCUUCAGCUCGAAGCAGCCGGGCAGUUCACAGUUCCGAAGGAGACAGUUGCGAUGGGGUGGACAUGGAAGGCCUGGCCGAUGCGAAGCCGGGCAGCCUGGAAGCCGACGAGUACAGCAAUGCAACGACAAAGUCUCAGGGAGGGCGACCAGCGUCAGCUUUCGAUGCGGGGGAAGAGGCACUGCGAGACGCCGGAUCUUCGGAGAAAACAGAGACAUUCCAGUUGGGAAUGGAGAGCCUCGAAGACACGGAUGAUGAGGGGAGGCUCAAAGCGCCGCGUCAGAGUUCUCCGCCGGGCUCUCUGCAUUCAGGAGAAACUCUGGAGACGACGCCAAACUGUGCUCCGGAAGAGGAUGCCUCUACCUCAGCCGCCUCCGUCCUCACAGGGCAGAGCUCCUGCAAGUCCACAGAGGAAAGUGUGAAGAAAAUUCCCAUUGUGCCAAGUACCAGUUCCACGCCAGCCACUAGCUCUCAGAGGACCAAAUCCCUCGAGAGUUUGUUCGGCUUUUCUGAGGCGGUGCGUUCGAAGAACACGCGGGACAACACCUUGAGGAAAAAGAAGGCAGCGAAUUUGAACAGCAUCAUCCACCGCUUAGAGAAGGCCGCAAGUCGAGAGGAGCCGGUGGAAUGGGAGUUUUGAGAUUAAGCUCACCCAACUCUGAGGAGCUGGGGAUGGAAAAACUUGGACCUCUGCUGGUUUUAAUUGUGUCCCGCACUUAGCGCCCUGCAGGCCACGGGGCAAAAACGCCAUAGGCCAAGGUGCAUAUAGAGAACGGAAAGGAGCGUUUAAGCCCAGUUUUAUGUUUGUGUUUUCAAGGAAGAAAACUGAAAUGUGUAGUCAAGCUUUUUUGUACCCCGAAGUGUUUCUAUUAAUUGCCCUAAAGUGAUUUUUCCACAGUUUCUGGGGAAGAAAAAAAAGAACUCACACAGCUUUUGCCUUCUGCCCUCCUCUUUGGUGUGGGCUUUAAAACGAAAAGUUAUAUACAAACAAGAAAAAUAAAAUAAACCCACAUAUUUAAAAGGGGGGCUUUUUAUCCGCCAUCUAAUGGCUAAACAGAGCGAUAAUAGUACACUAUUAUCUUCUUUAAGCAGGAAAACAAAACAAACAAAAAAAAGGUGGAAGGAGGUUUUUUUUUGAGAAAACGUUUUUUGUAGCUGUUCAGUUGCCACUAAGAGAUUGCACAGUCAACCCGACUCUAAACACACUAGUUUGAAUUCCUAAAUAUUUUCAAGAAAAGAAUAUUGUUUGAAACUUGGGGUUUUAAAAAAAAAAUACACAUUUACUCCACGUAUUUUUUAAACAAACAAAAAAGUCACAUCAGGAAAAUAUCUUAAUUUGUGGUAGCUGACUUCAGUGUUUUUCUUGUAAAGUGGAAUAGAAAAUUGACUUGUAGUGCACAUCGUUCAUAGCUUUAACUGAUUCUGGUCUCUUUAUGGGCUGGGAUUUGUUUAAUACACUCCAUUUUAGGCCAAAUCAGGACAGAAAAAGAAGGAAAAAAUUCUGAAAUCUAGGUAUUUUAUAAUCUGCUUUUUAACCUCUAACCACAGAGCACGCAGAUCAGACCUCAUUUCUAGGAGGUAUGGGAGACAGCUUGGAAUGGAGAUGUACUUGGAUCGGCUCUGUUUUAAUUGGAUCACGCCAGCCUUGCAAAUUAGUCCAUACAAGUAACAAGUCCUCAGUCCACCUCACUGCACAUGCCUACAUUAGACAUUUGUGCCCCAUGAGAAAAGAACAAUCAGCCUUUGAAGGAAAAUAACUCACUUGGUUGGAAACAGGUGGGUGGCAUAAUGAGCCUACGUUAUACGUAGUACCGCCUUUUUUUUUUUGCGAGGGGGGGUGACAGGGAAGAUGGCACUGUCUGGCUGGUGUCACUGUGGAAAGAGUGGGGGGCAUCUUGGAAUGAGGCACUUAGAACAUGAGUGGGGAACCUGUGGCCCUCUGCGUGCUGCUGGACUGUGGCUCCCAUUAUCCCUGUCCGUUAGCCAUGCUGGCUGGGGAGGAUGGAGUCCAGCACCAUAUGAAAGGUGAUGGGUUUCCCCACCCCUGACUUGCCAGGAACUGCCUUGAUAGCAGGCCCUGAGAUCAAUUGCCGUGCACUCCCUUCCGCUCACCUGCCACUUAGAAAGAGGGCCUGCUUCAGCCAUACACUUUUCAACACCCCUAACUAAUUAGUUAAUACUGCCUGUGGUCCCACAGCAAGCACUGAUUUCAAUAGGUUUCAGUUGUGGAGAUUUGGGGGGGGGGUCCUCUAUCUCAAAAGAAGAAAGGCUUGGGGGAAGAGUCCACGGCAUUUGGUUAUCACAACGUGAGCAACAGAACUCCUCAUCGAAACACACACAAAAGCAUUGCACCCACCAGCUCUUCCUGUUAUUUUGUGUCAACUGUAAGGCCGAUCAAAGUACAAAAUCAAAUUUCCAAAUUGUCUCUAAUGCCUCCUGUUGUCUAUGUGUAUAUGCGUGAGCAUAGAGGUGUGUGGAGGGUUGAGUGUGUGCGCGUGGGGGUGUGUGUGUGCAAUUUUAUACGUCUGUAUUUUCUUACGUACUUGUGCACACGCAGAGUGCAUUACUGCCACCUUUUUUCAAUAAGCUGUUUUAUCAGUUACGGCUUCUACAAGUUUGCUGAUUUAGACUCCUUUAUUGCCAUAUCUUUAAAACUAACGAUAGAUGAUUUCGGUAUAUAUAUUAUUUUUUUGCUUAUUUAUAGGUGCUGUAUUUUAUUAUCUGAUUGUUAGGGAUGAAACGGGGGCAAAUAUUCUUUAGAGGGAUAGACUGCCGGCAGUAUUGGGUAUAAUUUACAAGAUGUAGUUGUCAUACUGUAUAUUAUUGACAGACUUUUCUUUUUCCUUUUCUUUUUUUGGACUGUAUUGUGUAUCAUGGAAAACUUUGUCUUAGGUCAACAUCUUUUGAUGACACUUUAAUGGUGCAUUCAUUACUUCUUAAGUUCUGAUUAAUAUUUUCUUUAUGACAUUAAGAGGGGGCAGAGGUAGAGACGUUCUGAUUUAAAGGUAUGUUCCCAACAUUACACCUCAACAUGCUUGUAUUAAUUAGUAAUUAAUGGGGGGGGCUGUAAGAUGUGAAACCACCUUCCUUACACAUUUACUUUUUGUUUUAAAAGACAAUUAUGCAGUCUCUUUUCAAGGAGUAACAGCAACACGUAGUUCAGAUCUUCACAAAGUUAAACAUUCAGUAGCUUUAAAAUAAAAAUGCCCUUUCAUGGCCCAGUACAAAGGCUCUAGGAGGCUGGAAGGCAGGCCUGCUUUUACCACUUCUUGUUGUUAAUUUUACAGUUUCGUGACCACUUUGAGGAUCUGAAUGUUAGAAGUUGAGGUGCACUGACAGCUCUUAGCUUGUUCCAUGAUGACCUGAGGAGGCAUAUUUGCACAAAAAUAAAAAUGUUGCAACCCUAAUUUGAGAAUCUGGGCAGCAAAGAAAGUCAGGCUUUUCCUGCAGAAAAUCUAUGGAAUUAAAUAAGCAGUACCUCAAUUUAAUCUUGAUCUAGGCAUAAUCUCCCCUUUCCUACCUGGUGUUGUGAGUACAUACACCAAGGCCAACAUCCAGUGGCUCUGACAUACGGAUGAAAGUUUACGUGAGUGUGUCAGGGUGGGGCUUAUGACUGAGAGUCAGAAAUCCCCAGUCCAUUCUCAAAACAAGAACUUCAUGUUGUGGCCACACUCGGCAGAACUUGCCACACUUCGCUUCUGUCUGGGCCAAGCUUCAGAGUAGACGAAAUAAGUCUUUCUUGCCUUCAAAUAAAUGUUUGUAUGUUUCCUUACAGCAAUAUAUCUCCCAUAUGAUGUCUGCGCCUCCCCAAAAUAUAGGAGAAUGUUUGGUGCACUCGAGACCCCAUGACUUACUGUCUGUGUCCAUGGAUGCCUGCUUUCCAUCACUCGCUGAGAGUUGCCACUCAUGUGAUUUAGAGCAGGCCCUAGUUCUGCCACCUGUCCGAUAAGCAAUAUUGAAGUGCCUUGAAAUAGUAGAAUUCUACUUGUCUUCUGUGCCCUCCUCCCCCACCCCUGGUGCAUGUGGAACAUAUUGUACAAAUCACAUAAUCUUUUUCCGUUUUUUGUCUUCUCUUUUUCUUCCAAGGUAGGCUUUACCUACCUGCCAAAGCCGAUCUCUAUUAUGUUAAACCCCUAGGAGCAAAAUUUGUUUUGGAAGACGUGACUCGCUGCGAGAACUCUUAUUCACAGGACUAACGCACUGUUAGACCAAAUCAAAGAUGGCGCUGCUCUGCCUCUGCAGCUGCAAACUGAAAUCAGGAAAGCUCUUGAGAUUUUGGCACUUUAUUGUGGUUUUUGGUUGUCACUUCUGUUUUGGCUUUGAAGGGAAAGGCUGGGAUGGCCUAGGGGAACUUCCUCUGCAAGAACCCUUUGAGCUAGCUCCUUUUCCAUCUACAACCCAUGUCUUGUGUCUUUGGCAAGGAAACUUGUGGCUGGCUUUUCCAGUUUGGUCUUCACUAGGUUGUGUUGGAUGUAGGCCCUAGUUUUCAAUAUUGGGAAAUCCAGCAAAACAACCCUACUCCUCACCAGCACAAAAUGCUUUGCAGUACAGUGGUUAACGACUGUAGUUGUUGAUCAUUCUGGAGAAGGUCACAUUUCAAUAAGCGUGGUUCUAUAUUAUACAGCAUUAACACACCUAAGCACAAGUCUUUUCCCUUAUGUUUACUUUUGUGGCGAACUACCAACACCAUUUUUUUUAAAAUGGCUGAAGACUGUUUUCUGGAAGGAUGGACUUCAUGGGAUCCUACUGGAGAUUUGAGGGGUUUAUUCACUGUAGCUCCCUGCCACCACCGCCCGCAAUGGAAAGGCUAUAUCCUAGAUGUUGGCAAGUUUCUCUGGAAAGGCAGCACUGCUGCGUUCUCCAAGCCAAGCCUGCUCUCUCUUCAUGUGAGCCAGUGGCAAGGCCAUCCAGGCCCACACGAACUGAGGCUGUGCCUAGAAGAUACCCUAAACCUUCUGCACCAUGCUGACACCGCAGGGUCCAUCUGUGCAAAGAGGGGUCUCUGAACAUGCAGAGACUUUGAAACCUGCUGCUCACAGCAUCCUCAUUUUGGGUUUUGCUCACUGGCCGCCCUUCUGGAGCUUAGCGUUAACCCUACAGCACGACUUAGAAUCCUUCUAGCUUAACCACCAAGGCUUUGGCAAGUCCUAGAAGACUUCAGCAGGGGAGGAUAGACCCCAACUGUCCUUUCUUCUUCCAAGAGUGUGAUUCAGAUUUAACUAAACGAAGGCUUUCUUCACUGCCUUUCAGUCUUUAAACUAGAGCUGAGAAAAUUUCUCUGAAGAUUUAUUUUUCUGAGAAAAUACCUCGAGAUUUUUCUUUCUCUCAUCCCCUGUAGAAAAAAAAGGGGGCACUUUGCAGAAAUUGCUCCAAACAUUCUCCACCUUUGUGUGUGACCUCCCCCCCCCAAAAAAAUGCCACAGAGUGACACGAGGUCCAGGGCAUUGGGAAAGAUGCCAGAUGGCAUUCCAAGCUGCCCGCACAGUUGUGCUGUCGCAUUUGCUGUGAAAAAUGAAAGCAGUGCCUUCUGUUGCAGCGGAUGGGGAGCCCCACCCACAAUAAACUGUUGGAGAAUGUUUCCUCCCCCUGGAGAAUUUGGUGAAAUGAUUCCCCCCCCCAUCCCCAAUUACUUUGCUCACAAAUACAGUGAAGAAUUUCAAGAGGACAGUUAUGCACAGCUUUACUAAAAAAGUUGAUUACUGGAGCUACAAUCCUUUUGGCAUUUGCAAAAAAGCAGCGGCUUAGGAAGUAACUUAAUUGGCUGCCAGAUGCUGUGUUUACAAGUGACUCUCUUCCUUGCACAGACUGCAUUAAUAGCAUUCUCGUGGUGGAGCGCUGACCACUCCUGGUUAGAGAUAGCAACAGGUGUGGGUUCUGUGGAAAUAAGUACUUCUGUUGACAGCCCAAUCCUACACGUUUUAUCAAAAGCAAGCAUCUCUGACUUCAUUAGACAGAAUGUGGCGGCCAUCUCAGGUAGCAGAUGCUGGGAGAUUGGAGAGCAGUGAGUUUCGUGUGCCCUGCAACCUGACAUGCAUCUCCUAAGCUAGCCUGCUGUCCUUAGGUAUGGUAGAGGAUGGUGUCCCAUUGCCAACGUUGAGGUAAGAUUCAGCUGACAGUCUGUUCAGUUUCUGUGCUUGGAAUGGGGAGGGGGCUGCCAUCUUGUCCUUCACCUCACACAACAAAAUGUCUUUGUCCAGCCCUGGACUUGCUCCCAAAGAAGUGUGCAUAGGAUUGCAGCCUUAAUCACAUGAUCAAAAGGGAACUGACUCUACACCAGAGCCCCUCACAGUGCUUGGAGUUGUUCUUCAGCUCCCAUCUUAACCCAGGUUUCCAAGCUAGCGCUAAUUGCCAAUACAUUUAUCUCGGAAGAUGAGUUGCAGUCCUGACUUUCCUUCUUGCGGAUAGGGAGCAAACUUGUAUGUUCUACACAUUUUGUAUGUGGGUAUCACAAGGAAUCUUGUGCAAAAUUUAGCACCUCUUUGGUACUAAACAACAUUUUUUUUAAAAAAGAAACAUAGUUGGACCCCUAAUCCCUAACACCACCUUGGAUGAGGUGCAGGAUGAUCCAGUUCCAUAUUUUCCUGCAACGGGGGCUGAAAGAACCAGUUGGUGCAGGAAAUUGUUUCUACAAAUCCUUCUCAAAUCCCUUUGUAGCUGGUCAGCAGUAAACUAGUUAGUUUUGAGUUGAUGCAUCAAAUUUCAACAUGCAGCUGCCAUUUAAAUGAGGCAAUGGUUUUGAUGGGUGAUACUAAAAUGCAGUUUAAACAUACCUGUUGGUUGGUUGGUUCGUUUAAGUUAAUUCAUCAGUAUGCAGCUGGUGAAGAAGGACAGAGCAAACCACAUGAGAAACAGUUGUAGAACAAUGUACUUUGAACCUCCGUUCCAGUUAAAUUUUGUGUGUACAACUUAGUUAAAAGCUACGCUCUACCUCUAGAUUGAGGUGCUCCAUUUUCCAUCAUAAGCCACUGAGCUCUAAAACAAGAAAGCUUCACUCAUUUGUGUGUGUGCGGCUUAUUGUGAAAACAAGCCUACUUCCAGAAAGCUAUGCAAUAGAUGCCCCUGUGUUUUAAAAGGAUUAUCCUGCUCCCCUCCUUUUGUACAGAUUCUGAAAGAAAAAUUAAACAAGAAAGAAUCUUCAUUCUUUCUAAAGCAAGUUUGAAGGGGAAUAGUUUAAACGUUAAAUAAAGCCCCCCCAAAAAAACUCAGCACAGAGAGCUUUUUAAAAAAAAUGCAUUCUCUUCUAGCAUUGUGGCUGUCAAAGGACACUCAUCACUCACGCCCCAUUUCAAAAGCCCAAAAUGCAGACAAUUUUUUUGUCAUUCAGAAAUGACCUUGGGCUGCAGUUGAGAGUCACUCUGAGCAUCAGGUGGGUGAAAUGGUGUCCACACCUCAUUGAUGCUGAAGGACAGCUUCUGGCUCACCUCCGCCACUGAGAUGCCCUCGGACCCCAAUGGGUUGGUGAGCUGAUGCCGCACAACUGCUCAGGACCAAAAUAUUUUCAUACUCGCCUCUUUCCCAGACACACAUUUGCUUAGUCAAGGCUUUGACUUGAGCAGAAUCACUGAGUGUUGGAACACUUGUUGAGCAAAUGCAAGAAACAAUUAACUUUUAACGACGCCUUUUUUGUCAUUAUUAAGAGGGCCUUUUAUUUCCAUGAGCAGCUCGGCCUCCCCAGCCCUUUCACGGUUGCAGCCUUGAAGGCGGCGGGGAGUUGCAAGAUGGCACAGCCAACCCUACUGGGUUGGCUCCAAAGGGUUCCUUGCCCUGCGUAGAAAGGUGUCUCCUUCAUGGAAUGACGGGAAUGGAAUGAUUAGAGUAUUGCAUUAGACAAGUAAAAGCCAAGCCCAAAGUAGUUCUGCUUGGAGAACCAGCUUCGUACACAAGUGGCCCGGGGGCUGGGAACUGCCAUGGCAACUAUUGCAGGACUUGCAUCUGUGGACCAAUGCUAGUUGUUGUCUUCCUCCUGCUCAGGGUUCUGUGGACCCAACCCAUUGUCCCCUGGGUGGCGCUGAAUGCUCCUAGACCAGCUACAUUGGGAACACCAGCCAGGCCUGUGCUUAAUUGAGCGGCUGUCCUAGUCAGGUAGGAGCCCACCUCAUUCAGACUAGGACUGGUUCCUGUGGGUACAUCUGAGAGGUUAGUCCUGUUCCUUUCUCUCUCCAAGGCUUAGUUAUGAGAGAAACCUAACACCAAUGGAAGAAGUUACCUCUCAGUUUCCUCCACUGUACUAGCAGAGGACAAAUUUAUCUUGUUCAUUUUUAUCCUUUCUAAAUUCUUCACUCUCUGCUUCUUGAUCGUUGGUGCUUCAUGUUUCAGGCACGUUAUUGUGACUUUUUAAAGCAAUUAACUCAAUCUUACAUUGAACUAGUGGAGGUUUGCCACCAUUUAGUGAAACCCAAAUUCUUCCCAUCUUGUGCAGAAUGCCAAAUACGUUCCUUGCCACCUUUUGUAUAUACUUCCUUAUCAUGUUAGGGAAUCUACAAAAGUUGAGGGAUAACAUCAGAUUUUGAUUGACAGGUGUGCACCAACACUUAAUACCAAGCCUUGCUCAGUGGAUGUAGAUAGAUGUGGUCAAAUGUUAUACAGAAUAGACCACUGGCGGCUCUGUGGCAGUGGAAUGCAUUCUAGGUUUUAGUCCAAACUUUCGAGGAACUGGCCAAGUUGCUUCAGGGUAGCCCCUUGAAAGUUCAGACUAACACGGAGCAGAUUCCAUCACCCCACUGACAUGGAGCCACCAGCCACCAUUAGAAUAGAGUGAAUAACUUUAGGUGGAUUUACACGUAUGAUGGACAGUUUUUUUCACAAUAUUUGCUCAUUGCAAAUUUGCUUUUCAUUCUUGUCCUUGCUGCAGUAACAAGGUGGAUACUGCACCAUAAGUAGACUCCACUUGCAGGUCUAUAUAAGGUCUAUAUCCCUGGGAGCCAGGGCACUUGGGCACUGCAAUCCUGUACUCACUUACCUGGGAGUAAGCCCCUUUGAACCCGGAUGUGCUGAUUUCUGAACAGAAAAAUACAGGAUUGCGCUGCAAGUCUGAUCCAACGAGGCCUUUCUUUUGCUGAUGUGAUCUGAUUGGCACACCAGAAAAGAGAACAGCAGGGCUUUCUGUGAGCCCAAUAAGUGACACUGGCAAACUAAACAUUUUAUUUAAUUGUGGGAUCUUCACAUCUUGGAUAAGUAUUGCAGAAGCACACUUAAAAUGGCUAACACCUAUGGCUGAAAGUGAUAAAAUGAUAAAUUGCUGUAAUUUGGGGGUUCCUAAACUGAUCCAUGGACCACUCGCAGUCCACAGGCUUCAUUCAGGUGGUCUGCAUCAUGUCUGCAUUAACUACCAGUAUUGAUUUUAAUAGUAUUUUUAUUGUUUCCUGUGUUGCUUAUGCUGUAUUUUAUUGUAUUACCAUUUGAAUUCUGUGGAAUGCAAACUGUAAUACAAUAAAAUAAAGGAAAUAAAAGAAGCAAUAGAGGAUACAUUUAAAAAUCGUACAACGUGUAGCACAGCACAUUACAAUAGCUACCAAAGGCAGAAAAAGCAUUAAGUGGUCCACUGAGGCCUUCAGCGAUUUUUGAGUGGUCCAUGGGGAAAAAAGUUUGGGAACCAUACGGUCAAGAGCAUCUGAGUUCAUUUGUGUAGUAGGAGUUCUGCAAAAGCAGUACCUCUAGGAUCGUACAUGGAGGCCUAGACUGGGAGCAAGCAUGCUUCUGAUAGCUUUAAAGAAGUAAUGCCUUAUAUUUUAGUCAGACAACGCUGGCUUUUUAGACAAUUAUUUCUACUGAAAUUCUCAAACAUCUAAAUUGAAACUGAAUUGGUUAAAUGCAAGUUUAUUCGUUGACCCUCAACCCAUAUAUCGGCUGUCGUCACGCUGGUGAAAUGAAAUCUAAUAUAUUGGGUUGCAUAGAUCUUACUUUCAUGUUUGAAAGAAUAUAGAAUUCGUUUCCUAAUUCAGACACUGUUGCACUGUCCUUCUAUUUGAAUAAUAAUCAUUUUAAAAAGAUGCCACUUGCUUCCUCAGGCAACUCCAAAUGAGUCUUACCCAAACCAUCGCUCUUUGCUCUUGGAACAGUCAGGGUGGCUAAAGGUGAAACUCAGGCAUGCACAAACUUGCUCCAUCUCUUUAGCCCACAACACUUAACCCUCAAGAUGAACCUUUAGAUGGCUUGAAAAUGUACAUGGCUGAAUGUGGAGAACAGAGUUGUAUCUGGUCCUUCCCAAAGCAUUUCCCCUCAGGGCUCUCGCUGUUGUGCAUCUUGCAAACUUGCCCACCUUUUCUUUGCAAAAUAGGUAUAAACCACAAAGAGCUCAGGGUCACCUUAAAGAUGAAGAAGCGUAUGGUAUGCUUGCACAAGCUUUCUUAGAUGAGUCCCUGAAGCUUGGACCAACCAUUCUGGUGCCACAAUAUUUUAAGAUGCCACGUCCUUGGCAGUUGCUGUGCAAUUUUGAAGGCUGUCCCCCUAUUGGGAAAGGGGUGGGAAACCUGUAGACUACCAGAUCUUGCUAGAUCCCAUGCUGGGUUUCUCCAGGGGCUGAUGGGAGUUGGAGGUUCCACACCUGUAGACUAGAUUAAUUGCCUGCCUGUUUUAUUCAAUUACAGUUGCAUGUUACCAAAACCUCAGUAUAGGUGCCUUUUGGAGAUAACAUUAUUAAACAAAAGCUACCACUCACUGUUAGAAAGAAAGGCAAUUUUUAAUAGGUCUUUUCAUCCCAGAUUAUAGUAAUGAACCAGAAUUGCAAUCCCCAUCUGACUUGCCCCAAAUAAAGGAUGUCCAUACCACGGAUCAAAAUUUACCCCAUCAGUAGUUAAUCACUAAAAAAGAUCUUCAGUGCGAUCCUAUGCAUACUUACUCAGAAAUAAACCAAUGAGGCGUUCUUCCAGGUAAGUCUGUCUUAGGCUGCAAUCCUAUCCACGUUGACUUGUGAGUAAGUCCUGUGAAAGUCAGCAGGAUGUAACUUAUGAGUAGACUUGCACAGAAGUGUACCAUUCAAUAACAAUGAUUAAAGCUUGAUGUCCUAGUGGUUUUGCUGCAUUAGGAAUGAUUCAAUAAAGAUGCAAUUGUAUUUGCCUGCUAACUGCUUUUUUUCUAGACAUACACAUGGAAUAAGCAUUAUGAUGUGUUUUUUUUCCUGCAUUCUGCAGAAAUCAUUGUGUAUGUAGGACAUUUAUACCUCUGGCACUCAUUGGCAGCAUUCCACCAGAUAAAUCCAGAACAGAGAUAGGCCAGGCUUUAAAAUGUCACUGUGGGCAUUUGACCUCUUACAGUACUAAUUCCUUCUGGAAUAAGUCUGCAAGCAGCAUCUAUGUGCAUCUUAUAACCAUGGAGGGAAAAUGUUGCUUGUUUUAAGGCCUGGUCAGGGCCUAGAUUGUUAUAGUUGACAUCUCAUUCCAUACCUUAGCAUGCCAUAGCGCUGCUUGUAACUUUGUGCAGGAUAGCACUCUUUUCCACACCAUUUUAACACCCCGUUGCCCCAAUCCAGUUAUUCCUCACAGUUGCACACGCCAAGGAUUCUUUCCUGUAAAGGAUUCCUUUGCACACUUGGGCGCACCCAGAAGUCAUGCAUCAACCAGCUGGCUCUUCAGUGGAGGAAAACUAGUGAGAGGCAUUUCUGCUCCCCAGAAAUUUGGAGGGGGGGAGGAGGAGCAUGCUCUGAUGAAGAAUACUGAAACCUGCAUUUAACAAGCCAUUUAAGAUGGUGGUGGUAAUUCACUGCCCAGUGACAUCAGAGCCACGAGUCUCCACUGAUUCUCAGACAUGCUGGGCUUUAUUUUGGAGCUUUAGAUGAAACUUUGGGGUGGUUUCUGUUGUUGCUUUAUUCUUUGUUUUCCUUUGUCCAGAGUAAAAAUUCAGCGCCUUAUGUUGGCCGUUGUCAUUUACAUCUUCCAUAAGCUUUACUUGUAACCUUUUUCUAACCUGAAAGUAAUGGAGCCACUUUUCCUUAAGGGAUAAGGACCAGAGAUCUUGAUUUCAGCAUAUAUGAGACAAUAACUUUAUCUGCUCAACCUCAGGUCCAUCAAGGUCUCCCAGAAAAAGAAAACAAACAUCUGAGUUGGUGGUGCGCCGUUGACCUUUCUAAAGCGCUUAAUAGCAUGCAUUAAAUCUUUGUGCAAUAAGAAAUCUUUUGUUUGCAGGGAGAUUGCCUAUACGGAACAUUUCAAGUUAGCAAAUGUAAGCUUGUCAGUCUUUUGAGGUUUCUGUCUGUGACCUAGGUGGAAUUGUGGCAUCUGUAAUCCAGUAUUAGGAACGUUAGUUGUAGAAGUGCGGUAAGAUUCCCCUUGCCCCUUGGCACUGCAAUACAGAGGAAUUGUAAAGAGUCAUCUUGUAAAGAGUCAUCUGUAUUCACUCAUCCUCUGGCACUUGUGACCACAAAUGCUACAUGUUAAUGGAUAUGAAGGCCAGCUACAGCCAGCUGAAGUGGUGAUUACCAAAUUAUAAUUUCAUAACCUUGCCCCUCUUUUGGGGUCCUGUACACGCAUGUUGCAGACAUUCUAUGUCAGAUAGCGAUUCUGUGACUGCUCUUUUGCACAACCUAGCUAUGACAUGACGGAUGAAGUUGCUACUUGAUAAACACAAUCGUGCAAAUUGUCUAUCAGGUGCUUAAUGGCUCAAACAUCCCCUCCCGAAAAGGACCCUUUUAUAGCUGAUUUUUCUUAUGCAGCCUUAAUAGGCACUGAAGCAUCUCAUUCUUGGUCUCUUCGAAAAGGGGCUUAUGAUAAAUUCAUUCCAGUUUAACUGGAAGUUGUUAAAAACAAAUUGAAAUCACCUGUUCUUCUGCCUCUUCAGUCAUCAUCAGCACUUAUAAUCAACUGAACCAGAAGCGUAUCUAUCUUUGUUUCACCCUGAAAACUUGCACAGACUUUGAGCCUUUCCUAUUUGUAAUGAGAUUAUUACAGUUAUUUCCCAAAGUGCUUUCCAGAGCUUCCUGUAUAAAAUUGCAAUGGCCGUGCAUGCAUAUCUGUUCUGUGUGCAAUGGCCACGCACACAGUUACGCAAGCCACCUGUGGAACAUUGCACCAAACUGAUGGUUGCACGGCUUGAUGUGUAUGUAAGUUGGUCACUCAAGAUCCAUAUCAUUCCGUUGUAUAUUUUGAAUUCUUUGUAAAUGUGUAUAAAAUGGUUUUAUUUAAAAUCUUCUGCCUUGAGAGUUUAGAGGGACACAGAUGUGAGAGCUUUUUUUGGGGGGGGGAGAUAAAAGUGAAUGAAUGAAGGUGCUCUGAGCCUCCUUGAGUCUGUGGAAUGGGUCCAUGAAGAGGCAUUUUCUAUGUUCCCAAAGUCCAUUGCAAUUUCUUGUAAAGUAUUUUAAACUGGAAGAGACUUUCCUCAAGAAGGUUCUUCUUUAACUUGUGUGUUUUCCCAAUCAAAAUGGCAAGGUCUGUUUUUGGUAUGGCCCGUGAGAAUACCUAUGGGAUACUCACAUCUGGGCAGCGUAGAGCAUGUUGCUUUGGUAAUGUCAUGAGUGAUGUCCCACUUGUUUAUGGGUUUUUUUAAACAACGAAUGUCCUUCACCUUCCCUCCACUGGUUCUGCACCAGGCCCCACGUGCCAUAGGGUUGUAGCCAGUGUUGAUUCGACUCAGGGUAGACCCAUUAAAAUGAAUAGACAUGACUAACUUAGACCCAUUAAUUUCAGUGGGUCUACUCUGAGUAAAACUUAAGUUGGAUACAACCCAUAGUAGCUCUCUAGAAGUGGGCUGAAAUGCUGGUUGAAGUGAAAUGGGGUUGAUUGUAGAAAAGCAUGCACCCAGUUUGAAAACAUUCAAAACUUGAGUUCAGGGUGAAGCGAUCUCUGCAGCUGCAUGCCGUCAUAAUGCAUGUCUUCAACCUGCUUUUGGAUUUCUGUAGAAACUGCUUCCGCAAACCUCUGGACUGUUGAGGCAGGGAGAUAACAGGACUCAGACAGCGGUGGGGAGAGUACAAGAAGACACUAAAUAACUGACCGUUGAAUGGUGUUGCUUCACACACGCUGCCUAAUGGCAAGGCCGGCAGUGUCUCCUUUGAAGUUCUUGCUUUGCACAUUUGCAACGGUGAGCGGGUGGAAGGUGACCCUGUACUUUUUAAAACAAAACAGUGGCGGGGUGUUUCUCGUAAUAAAGUACAUUGGACUGGUAUGGUAUGGAAAUAUUUUGCAAGGAGCUAAUCCUUAAGCGAGGCUAGCAGCUUAAGCAAAGACAAAGUAAAUGAAAGAGUUGCUGUUUUAAAAAAAAGCCCCAUUACUGUAAAAGAAGGCUUGACCCUCUGAGAGGCAAACCAAUAGGUCGCAGGGGGUCCUGGCCUUCUUCUGAGCCUUAGGGCGCAGUCCAACUCAUAUUUAUGCUGGGCUGAGGGGAGUUGGAUAUGAUGGGACCUAGCUCUGCUGGGCUCUGCCGGCAGAAGAUCCUCAUCCUGGCUCAGCCACGGCAGAGCUGGGACCCUGCCAGAUCAGCCAGGGGUCCACUGAGGAAGCCCAGCCUGGUGGAAGGGAUGCCGGCAGAAGGCCUGGAAAGGGGUGUUCUUUGGGGCGUGUCGGAGGAGGGGCUGGGGAGCUACUUCGAUGACAUCCAUCUCCGUAUGGAGUGCUCCUGUGGGUCCCAAUCUAGGCCAAAGUUACACCAAGAAAAAGGGUAGGUAGUCUAAGAAAAUAACUCUACUGGAAGUCAAUGAGGAGUGCUUACUCGCCAGUAGGGCUAUUUGUGAGCUGUCCUGGGGGCUCCUGAAUGGCAAAUGAAUGCUGCGGAGCUUCCGGCCGGCUCCUCCUCCACCGGCACCCCUCCUGUCGGCAUCCCGUGAGUUGGAUUGCUCUGCCCAGAGCAAACUGGCGCCUUGUCUCUUGGGAAUGGCCUGCUUACAGAUUCCUUAGGCAUGGCCCACAAGCACCCUGCUGCAUGAUGGGAAGUGAAAACAGGCGUGAGCAACAGGGCAUCCAUUAGUUUCUGGAGAGCAAAGAAGAGUCCUCAGUGGAGCGUGCCCAAUCUUCCCCAACCACUUUCCCUCCUUUGUUUUCUUGGGCUAGUUUGGUGAUGGAACAGGAGGGAGGUGAGGAAGGUCUACUUAUUUUAAAAGAUUUUGGUAAAGGUUUGGUGGUUUCUUUUUGUUUUCUUAAUUUCUUCUCCAAAUAGUCUAUGCAUUUCCAGUGUUGAAAUCCGUUUUCUGCCAUUCUCCUCCUCAACCCCCUGGCCAAGCAGGCACUGCGUUCUGCUCUCUGAACAACACUCUUGAGAAUGUCACGUGUGCAAAUUUGGACGUUUUAAAUCCAAAGUAAAUGGCAACCUGAUAUUUUUGUUUGCUUCCCUGAAAUCCCUUUCUCCAUAUAUAUGUAAUUUUAAGUCAAGGCCACAAUCCACCUCGAAAGUCUUGUGUGCAAAUACCAUUGAAAUCUGGGCUUGCACGCGAGACCUCUCCGGGGGGGGGGGGCGUGCUCUGAAGAAUUUAUUUUUUAUUUUAUUUUAUUUUAUUUUGCAUUUGUGCAAUAACUACUUGCCAUUUUAUCGGGCUAACCUUUGGACUUGCCCUGACUACUAACACAGCACAAAAUGAACUCGAAACAAAAAAGGUGUAUUUUUUUUCCUGAGAAUAUUUUCUUUUUUUAAAAAAAAAAAUUGAUAAGCUCCAUUUUACCCCCUGUGUACUUGUGGUGUCCGACAUUUUUAGCAGUAUUUUAUAUAUAUAUAUAAAUAUAUUAUAUUAUUAUUAUUAUUAUUUUCCUGUAACGCACUAAGUCUUAGAUGUUUUUAGAAGCUCAUUUCUUAUAUUCACAAUCACAGAUUUUAAUGAAAUACCCUCACAAUUGACCAAAAAAGUGUCAUUUUUUUUUGUACAAGUAGCUUUGAGAAGCCCCACGCUGUGUUGCUGUGAUUUCAUCUUUUGUAACAUUUUCUUUCUUGUUCAGAAGUUUAUUAUUAAAAAAGUUUUAUAUGGCUGGCGGUGACGGAGUGGGGGGAGGUCUCCUUCCGUGGGGGGCAUUUCCGCCCUGUCUUGGGUCAGCCAUGUGAUGUUAUGUUCUCAGCACUGUACAACAGUCCCUAUAUGAUAUGGAGAAGCAAUAUCACUGUACGAAACUCACAUGAUGUGUAUUAUUAUAAUUCACUAGCACCCUAGGUGUGAUAAUUGAAGUAAAUAUCUUUUAUACAAACAUAA